ACUCUCAGUUAACAGAGGGCCACAGCCACUAACACAUCAACCACCCUGCUUCUGCCGGCUGGCAAGAGUCAUCCGUCUCCCUGCGUUCAUCUAAACAGCAGUGAGGAAGGACAGUGCUGAGUGGUCCGGCACGUGGGGCUAUAUGUGUGUGUGAGUGAGUUUGUGUGUGAGAGUGUGUGUGUGAGGGGCUGUAGUGUUGACCAGGCUAUGAGUGCGUCUCAGAGGGAGAGCCGUUCGAUGCUGAGUUGAGCAAAAGGAGCCAGAACAGGAGAGAACUGCGAGAGGAGCAGCCAUGGGGCUCGGACAAUCCAGCAAGGCUCCGGUCACCGACGACACGGACGAGGUCAAUUUCGACCACUUCCAGAUCUUACGGGCAAUAGGAAAAGGGAGCUUCGGAAAGGUCUGUAUCGUGCAGAAGAAGGACACUAAGAAGAUGUACGCCAUGAAGUACAUGAACAAGCUGAAGUGUGUGGAGCGGAACGAAGUGAGGAACGUCCUGAAGGAGCUGCAGAUCAUGCAGAACCUGGAGCAUCCGUUCCUGGUCAACUUCUGGUAUUCCUUCCAGGAUGAGGAGGACAUGUUUAUGGUGGUGGACUUGCUCCUGGGAGGAGACCUGCGCUACCACCUCCAGCAGAACGUCCACUUCUCAGAGAGCACUGUCAAACUCUACAUCUGUGAACUGGCCCUGGCUCUCGGGUACCUCCGCACCAAGCGCAUCAUACACAGAGACAUCAAACCUGACAACAUACUACUGGACGAGCAUGGCCACGUCCAUCUCACAGACUUCAACAUAGCAGCUAUCGUCAAAGAGGACCUAAAAGCAACGUCCAUUGCUGGGACCAAGCCAUACAUGGCUCCUGAGCUCUUUCAGACCUUUGAGGGUUCCCACCCGGGCUAUUCCUUCUCUGUCGACUGGUGGUCGCUGGGGAUCACAGCCUAUGAACUACUAAGAGGACAGAGACCAUAUGUGAUGAGAUCCAGCACACCAGCUAAUGAGAUCCUUCAGACCUUCCACAAGGUCCAUCCCAGCUUCCCAGCAGGCUGGUCUCUGGAGAUGAAGUCUCUUCUCAGAAAGUUGCUCUGCAUAGAUGUCAAGAAGCGCAUUUCCUGCCUAGCUGAGCUGCAGGAUCUGGACUACAUGUCAGACGUCAACUGGGACGCAGUGCUCAGCAAACAUCUUCCUCCAGGCUUUAUUCCCAAUAGGCGGAGGCUAAACUGUGACCCCACAUUUGAGCUGGAGGAAAUGAUCCUGGAGUCCAAACCACUUCACAAGAAGAAGAAACGGCUCGCUAGGAAGACCAAGGACCAGGGAUCGGAUGGGUCUCCGCAGAACGGUCAGAUGCAGCAGCGAAUGGAUAACGUCCAGAGAGACUUCAUCGUCUUCAACAGAGAAAGGUCAAAGAAAGCGGUGGUGGACUCGGAGACUUCAGAGCUUUCCACGUGUGAGAAGAACAAGGCGAUAGAGGACGGACAGAAUAACAAUGUUAAGCCGGCUGCCUACUUAUCAGGAUAGAUCCCGUGACCCCACUCCCUCCAUUAUCACCUUCACUUGCCCACAGCUUGUAGAUCAGCAAUUUGCACACGAGACACCACAUUGCUCAAUCAGCACACAGACACUCUCAGAGCAGGUCACCAGUGUUCCUGCACCACCAUUGCAUUUAUUCAAAAAACUAAAUGUACGCCCCCGUGCAUCGCGGUUCACACAGAUAAAGAAACACAUUAUGAAGAGCUGCACGACUGCAGGAGUGAAAGUGACCCCAGGGUUUUCACUCUCCUGUCACCAAGAGGAAUGACUCCGUGCAGGGCGUCACUCAUAUUUCAUGCUCCAGUUCAUCAUCCUGGUGCUCUGAGGUCGGCUCAACCUGCCGUGUGCUGAUGGGAAGUGGAGGUCACAGAGGAGACGACGCCACAUCGGCUGCCAUAAGGAAAUAAAGUCAGACCUGGUCUACUACGGCUUAGACUUAGAUUUUUUUGUCUCAGCAAGGCACUUUCUGGUUAAUUAUGAAAAAUAUAGCAAUGUACCUCCUGUGCUACAUUGAAUGGCACGGCACAGGGAGUUGGGUUGGCUAGUGAAAGAGUUCCGACAUCGACAUGAACACUGAGUCCAUAAACAUUUAAAGGGAGAGAGGUUAAUAAGGUAAAACGAGGCCUUUGUUUUUAUCGCAGCAACCACAGAUUCCUCCAGGUUAGAAGUUAGGGAGCUGAGCUGUAGACUUGAGCAUGAACGGCUAACUUUAUCAUAGCAGCAGACACAUGUUGGUAGUGGUCAUUAUGCCGAGCUUUGAUAGUCAAGCUGACAAAGACUGCAACAUUUGGUACAAGGAACCAGCUUCAUCCGAUGCAGACAAAGGCAAAACGCAGCUUUUCUUCACUUCUGUAUGAUUCAACCUGCUGUACAGCCAAUAGAGAACUUCGAAAUGCAGAAAACAAAAGGUUUGAAUUUAAUCUUGAAGGUCUAUUCGCGACCUUGAAAGUUUUUAUGGAGCUUUGUAGUUAGGGCCACACUUGAUGUGUCGUUUCUGAUGAAUUGUUUCACACCGAUAAUCUGGAUGAACCUUCGCCUCAAUCUGCAGGUGACCCGCUAGGUUCUUCAGGCAAAGCUACGAAGAAUUAGAAAAAGUUAGUCGGUAGAUGUUAUGUGUUCUGCACUGAGCCUCGCUUUUGCACAUGCUUCUUCAUCAAUUGUAGCAUUAAUGCACAGAGAGACAAAAAAAUCUUAAACUGUGAGUGAAUACUUAUUCCCUUAGGACUGGUUUUUAUAGACGAGGAUUAAAUUGAGUCCGAGAUAAGAUUAAUCUUCUUUGGUUACUGUCUGCAAUGAUAUUUGUUUCUUGUCAUUUUUUUUUAUUUUUUAUUGUCCUUUCUCUUUUGUGUUGGAUACAAUCAAUUACACGUGUGCCACCGGAUGAGUCUGUACAGUGGGUUUAUAAUGAGUUGCUCUAAUUUGAAGUGUUCCUCUUCAUCAGCAGCUGUGUGGAGAUGGUAUUUAACAAUAAUCUGGGAUUCCACACCAUCUGGAAAACACAGUGGGGAAAUACUAAAUCUCAAAAUUGAUUUUUCAAAAUGUUUGAUUCAAAUUAUUGAAGGGAAACAAACACCAGGCGAGGAACUGCCCUUCGUAAGAUUAACUUUAGACUUGUUGACGAACCCACACCGGCCUCUGAGAUGUGAAGAGGCUGUAAGUUGCCUUAUUCUUGAGACAUGGCACACGUCUGGUUUGCUUCAACUUUAAAACCUGAGCUUUUUCACAAACAAUAAAUAACUGUGAUUUCUACUAAGGCCGAGCCAUUCAAUUGACUUAUCUAUCUCUAAUAAGACUCAACCCCUUUCAAGUCUAUAAUACUUGUAAUUAUAUUUAAACAUAUAUAAAUACUUGGUUCAAAACUGUCUGCACUUUUCUAUUUACAAUUGGUACAAUGUUUUGACUUUGUGUUGUUGUGGCUGUUGUUGUUGUUGUUAUCGUCGUCACUGAUGUAACUGAACAGUUUCAGAGUUGGUUUCCUGUAUUAGUUGUAAGAUAAAGUGGGUUAGAUACAGAUGGACUGUAUAUGAGAAAAAUACAUUUGUUAAUGAUUAUCUUAAUUCUUUCAUAUGUAAUAGGAGCACCACAUUUUUUGACGUGGCAGAUUUGAUCCUUACUAAAAGUGAAGGUAUAAAAUAUAACAGACAAAUAGUAAUUGACAGUGGAAAAAUUAGAAAUUAAUCAAAACAAACUUUAAUAAUAAUAGAAUUGUUUCCCAUUUGAGAAUUUCAUCCCCCACCUAUGUUUUGUUGUUCCUCUGUUUUCACUGUAUGUUCAUUGUAUUCAAACGUGAUGGAGUUGCAAACUAUUAAGGUGUGCCUUAAAAAAUGAAUUUCAGUUUUUCUGAACCGUUCUGACUUUGCCUUGUACUUCAUUUUGAUUUUGUCUUUAUGAAUUAAAUGGGGAAAGGAAAGCCACUGGUAAUAAAAGCUUUUUUUUUUUAAUCAUUAUUAUGAAGAGUGAAAGGAUGCUAGAAGAUUUGUAUCUUAAAUUAAACUUGGAAAGAAGAUAUUGUAUGUGUGUAGGUUUUGAUUGCUGUUCAGCUUCCUAAACACAAUGCUGCGCCCUAGUGGUCGAUUACUGGAAGCACAGUUAUUAACCAAGCUCCAGACUGAAAAAUAAAAAAUGCAUUGGCUGUA